CCGUCUUCCAAAAUCGCGAAAAAUAGAAUUGCUUCUUGUUCUUGGUUUUAAUAUAUCGGAUCUGUUCGAUCAUAGAAUUGCUUCUUUGAAAUGGUUGGGUAUGGCAAUGGAAAUAGCAGGGAAGAGUUUUGGCCAUUGGAUGUAAUGAUCAACAUUCUGAAAAGGGUUCCUGUGAAAUCCUUGAUCAGAUUCAAAUGUGUGGCCAAAGAUUGGGGGGAACUCUUCAAAACACCUUAUUUUAUUGCACAACAUCUCCACCACUCUGCCAGUAACAACUCCUAUCUUCUCCUCCAACGAAUUCCCGAACCCUAUCAUCAAUCUCAUCCUUUCACCUUCUCAACGUGUUUGAUUGGACCCGACCUCAAAAUUCACAACCCUCAAUUCAUCGAUUUUACCUCACCUACUGCUAAGAUUGUUGGUUCCUGCAAUGGCUUGUGGUGUGUUAGACACACCGACCACGCGAAGCUUUCCCUCUGGAACCCAGCAACCAGGCAAGUGAGACAGGUACCUGGAACCCUAAUUGAUAUAAAGAAUUCUUACCAUAUUGGAUUUGGUUUCAGUCCAGUAAUCAAUGAUUAUAAGAUAGUGAGAAUUUCUGUGUCUGAAUUUGACGAUGAGGAUCAGAUCGUGGUUCUUGAUAACGACGUUCGGUCCCACCGAGCGGAAGUAUAUUCAUUAACCACUGGUUCUUGGAAAGAAAUUGAUGCCAUCAAUUUGCAAAAUUUGUAUUUUAUAUCUAACUCUGUAACUGCCAAUGGAGCUGUGUUUUGGGAGGCCACCAUGACCUCUGACUCUGAAUCUGACCCUGAUCCUGAAUUUGUGGUUUCAUUUGAUAUAGCACAGGAAGUGUUUACGCUGAUUAAAGGUCCUCCACCUCCACCUUCACCCACUCAUUCCUAUAGCGAUACAAUUGCAGUAUAUAACAAUAAACUUACUAUGUUUCGCCACUUUGUUAUGGGAAACUUCGAGUCUUCUUCCAUUGAUUUGUGGGUACUUGAAAAUACUCAUACGUGUGCAACUGGGGAGAGUUGGAUUAAGAAUUACAGUGUAGGACCUUUUUCGAGGAUUUUAUAUCCAUUAAGCAUCUGGAGAGAUGAAAUUCUCUGCCGGGUAGAACUGCCUAGGCACGUGGAUGAAUACAAUGGAGUGGGAACUGUUCUAUCCCUCUUCAAUCCUUCUAGCAAUGAAUUGAAGAAGCUGCCAACCCAUAAACAUGAGUUUUAUUAUCUUUCCUUCAAUUAUGCAGAGAGCCUUGUUCCGGUUGACAACAUUCACUAUGAACAGUAGUUUUCGGUUUCACUUUGUUCAUGCAGUUUGGGUGGAAAGAAAUAAUAUGCAUAGAGACAUGACUACGGAAAUUUCGACCAUACAAGAGGCUGGCUUAAAUUGGUUAUUGGUAGAUUUUUCAUGAUUUUGAGUUAAGUGUAUAUUGCACAACAUUAAAGGGCGCCAAUACAUGAUUUCAAUUCAUCCAGGGGAUGAAAGGUUAACCGAUUGUAAGGUUUAUCAUUUUGCUGACUUACCUGAAGGACAUAAUAAGUCUUGAAGGAUUUUAAUGAUUGGCAAAGGAUCAUAAAAUUUAGAUCUCAAAUUUACGUGUGAGCACUGAGAUUCAUUCUUCGUUGCGAGAGAGAAAAACCCUUUUCAAGAGCAAGAAUCUAUC